UGAGGCAGGGUUAGGAGACGAGUCAGCGGCUGAGGUGAUGAGGCGACGUUGGUGGCGGUAGCAGCAGGAGUGGCUGUGACAGACAUAGAACGCUGUACGGGUGAGCGGCUGGAGGAACCAGAGUGGGCCGAGCGGUUUCCCCUGAUCAUGGACUGUGGAGAAAUCCCAGAGUUUUCAAGUCCAGAGGAAGAAACUGCAUACUGGAAGGAGCUUUCUUUGAAGUACAAGCAAAGUUUCCAGGAGGCACGUGAAGAGCUGGCUGAAUUCCAGGAGGGCAGCAGAGAACUGGAAGCAGAAUUGGAAGCCCAGCUGGUGCAAGCUGAACAGAGAAAUCGGGACUUGCAAGCAGACAACCAAAGACUGAAGCAGGAAGUGGAAACGUUAAAGGAGAAGCUGGAGCACCAGUACGCACAGAGCUACAAGCAAGUAUCCUUGUUGGAGGAUGACCUGAGUCAGACCCGGGCAAUUAAAGACCAGUUGCAUAAAUAUGUAAGAGAACUAGAGCAAGCCAAUGAUGACCUUGAACGUGCUAAGAGGGCCACAAUAGUUUCCUUGGAAGACUUUGAACAAAGGUUGAAUCAGGCCAUUGAAAGAAAUGCCUUUUUGGAAAGUGAGCUGGAUGACAAGGAAUCUUUGCUAGUUUCUGUGCAAAGACUGAAGGAUGAAGCAAGAGACUUAAGACAAGAACUAGCAGUGAGGGAAAGGCAACAGGAAGUAACCCGGAAGUCAGCCCCAAGUUCUCCUACUCUGGAUUGUGAGAAGAUGGAUUCAGCUGUCCAGGCCUCUCUAUCUCUGCCAGCAACACCUGUUGGGAAAGGCUGUGAGAACAGCUUUCCUUCGCCAAAAGCUAUUCCCAAUGGUUUUGGUACCAGUCCCCUCACUCCAUCUGCCAGGAUAUCUGCGCUCAACAUUGUGGGUGAUCUCCUAAGAAAAGUGGGGGCCUUGGAAUCCAAAUUAGCUGCUUGCAGAAACUUCGCAAAAGACCAGGCAUCGCGGAAAUCUUAUGUUUCAGGGAACAUAAACAGCAGCAUGAUCAACAGCAAUGGCAUGAAGUUCUGUCAUUCAGGACAUACAACAUUUUACGAUAAAACGUCAGAUUCCCUGCAAAUGUCAUGGGUAACUGCAUCUGCUUGCCAUGAUGUGUUUGGGCAGUCAAUGGCUUUGACCAAGGCCCACCGCCAGGUCUAGGAGCUUCCAGACCAUCAUCAGCACCGGGCAUGCUCCCUCUGAGUGUAUGAACAGUGCAAGGCCACAUUGUGACUUGAAAUUGGUUCUUGAAGGAACAAGGCAAGAGCUGCUUGCAAUACUUUUCCGUUAGUGCCCCCUGCUGGAGCUGAGUGGGUGCUUCAGCACUCACAAGCUGCCCGGAGAAGAUCCCAGCACAUGUUCAGCACUCCUUAUGUCAAUACAGUCUAUUUUCUUCGAUUUUCAUCGUGGACAUUCUUUAACGUGGUCACCGCUGAUGUCUCUCUGUCUUACAGGAUGCUGGAGUUGCACUUGCUUAAAUCACCCUCUUCUGUUCGCGCCCCCCCCCCCUCCAAUUUUGUAACCUUGUUAACAUGGGUCCGCAUUGAUGCUGGCUUGUCCCUUAGCAACCCCUCUCUCCCACCACAUUGCUCUCCUUUCCUCCAAACCUUGCACUUAAGCACACAAGAUCCCUGUGUGCUUAUUCCCAGAAUAAGUCAAUUCAUGUUCAAAAGCAUUUGAGGAAGGCCUAGACUUCCCUGGUCAGCUGGGGCACUUGGGAUGCAGUAUGGACUUGUAUGUACAGAAUGGAUCUUCCACACCCCCAGUGAAAGUAAUGUACCUGAGUGGUCUUGGGACCUGACACAGCACCCAUUCUGAUGAGCUGGGAUGUGAGCCAUGGAAAACAUUUAAGAGUGACUGCAUCUCCUCUACGGAUCUAUGGAGUACAAGAAAUGUAGGUGUUGUGCAAUUAUGUCUCUUUGCCAAAGCUGAUAGUUUUUAAAAUGGAGAAUUCUCCCCCCAGUUUUGCAAUUCUUGUCCAGUCAGCUUCAUCCUGUUCAUCUGGCUUUACCUAUUUUAAGAAACUAGUGGAUUGGACUUGGCCUAAUUAAUGAGAAUUGCCCAAGAGCAAGGGAAAGGAGAAGGGAUACAAAGCCAAGGCAGGUUAUGAGGGGAGGGGGCUCAGAUUUACCACUCACUGUUUUGGAUUUUGUCAGCCCUUUUCCUUUGUAUCCUUUGCUGCAUUGACUGUUUACAUUUGUUUUACUGUACAUAGGUUUGUAAACAUGAUAUCUUUGCCUGAGAUAUUUGUACAUAACUUGGGCUUUGUAGCUUUAUUUAUUCAGAAUCUCUGAGGCAUGUUUUCCCUAGGACAGUGUAUCAGAUUUCUGUGGUGACUGCCAUCCUGUGGUUCAAUGAGAGAUGGUCCAAAAAUAAAGAUCUUUUAAUGUGGA